CUAGAACCCCACUACAGAACGUGAAAAUUACAACGUCGCCCAAAAAAAAGUUUCGAUUGAAUCUCAAUUUCCGUGAGAGAGUUGGAAUCGCGGCGAACGCUCCUUUGUCUCCGAAACGCACCGCAAUUCACCCUCUCAUCCGCAGAAUCGAUUAUUCGACAGAAAAAACGGAAGAAAUCGCAAUCAUGGCUGCCGAUACUGAGCCGUUUCUUCACCUAUCGCGUCCCUUGGCGCCGACGAUGUUGAACUAUCAACAUAAUAUUGCCCCGCUCUCCGUCAACAUCCAACCUCAAGCCAUCCUCUCCAUCCUCGACCAUGCCACCCGCCGGGACAUGCGCCCGGCGCCGAACUCCUCGUCACGAGUAAUCGGCGCCCUAGUCGGAACGCGAUCCGAAGAUGGCAGCGAAGCCAACGUAUCAUCCUCCUUCGCGAUCCCGCACACGGAGAACGAGGACCAAGUGGAAGUCGACGUCGAGUACCAGAAGAACAUGCUCUCGCUGCACCUGCGCGCGCACCCGCGCGAGACGCUGUUGGGAUGGUACACGACGAGCCACGAGCUGAACAGUUUCAGCGCGCUGAUCCAGAACUUCUUCGCCUCGCCCGAGACCGGAACCUUCCCGCACCCCGCCGUGCACCUCACCGUCUCCGCCGACCCCGGCGCCGACGUCCAGACGCGAGCGUACAUCUCGGCCCCCGUAGCCGUGAACGCCGAGCGCGCCUCCGAGUCCUGCCUCUUCAUCCAAGUGCCCCACAAGCUAGCCUACAACGACGCCGAGCGCUCCGCCCUCGACCUGAUCGGUUCCGCACGAGAAACCGAAGCGCGCUCCGCCCCCGUGAUCUCCGACGUGGAGUCUCUCACACGCAGCUUGGAGAACACUCUGGACCUUCUCGACCGAGUAUCCGAGUACGUAGGCGGCGUGAUCGAUGAGGAGCGAGAGCCGAACAACGCAUUGGGCCAGUACCUGAUGAGCGCGCUGUCGCUAGCGCCGAAGGUGGACCCGGCGAGCAUCGAGUCCGACUUCAACAACCACGUGCAGGACGUGCUGAUGGUGAGCUACCUCGCGAACAGCAUCCGCACCCAGAUCGACCUGAGCCAGCGACUGGCCACGGCCGUGCUGGCCUCCGAUGGCGAUAAGGCCGAGGGUAAGGACGGCGGGGACAAGGACGGCAAGCCGGAGCGCGGCGAGCGUGGUGGGAAGAGGGGUGGUCGCGGUGGACGAGGUGGCCGUGGUGGUGGACAGCAGCGCGAGCCGCGAGAGCCGCGCGAGACGGGCGAGUGAAUAGUCGCUAUCUACUAAGCGCGUCCCCGUCGAGAAGAAGUCCAUUACCAGGGUAGUUAGGUACUAGAGAUAUGGGGGUUUAACAUUAUGUAUGUCAUGGGCAAAGGAAGUGACUAGGCCACCUCCCCAAAGGGUCAAGGCAAAAUUCGGGAGAAGUCAGCAUUGAGGAACGGUCAGGGGUUAGGGUUAGGGAGGGGGAACGGUAACGUGGAUCAAGCCAGCCAUUCUAGCCAACGCGUCUCGCGUCUCAUCGUUGCUUGCUAUCCGUCCGUUUGGUAUUGCAAAUACAUACAUACACACAUCCAGCACGCGUGGCGAAAGGGGGGCGGGCCUUAAGGACAUCCAUCGAGUAGUCUAGAGACAAGAAAAACAAAAAGGUCGCAAGCAAAGCAAUGCAUGUAUGUAUGUAUGUUGUGUGAAGAUACGCAAUUGAAGGGUAUACUAGGCGUUUAAUUAAGGGGUUCUUCGGUGUUAGAAAAGAAAAGAAAAGAACGCUAUUACGGCAACGAAUAACCAGAAGACAACGUCUCUCUUCCCAAAGAAGGGGGCCUAGCUUCAACAAUCGUAC